GGCGAACGGACGUUAGUUGGCGCCACGACCGACGGCCGGCCGGGAUGACCGAGACAGCGCCCGACGCUGGCGUCGCGCUGUACCGCAUCGAGAGCAUUCUUGCAGGCGACAGCAGCUCGCUCGGCCUUCUCGUCGCACCGCCGCUAUCGGACGACACACCGAUACUGGCGGCCGCCGGCGUGCAACUGGUGCUCUUGCACGCUGCGCUGGCGAUCCCGCCACCAGAGUACGCGCUGUACCAAGCGUUUACGGUGUAUGCGUGCAGCCAAGUGCUGCUGGACGCACCACCACUCGGGCCGCGCCGCGCUCGCGUCACUGUGGUGCCAUUGACACCUACCGGCGCGAUUGAUGACGCCCUCGUGCGACGCUGCUGCGAGCCGCAGACAAGGGAAGAAAAGCUCGUAUGCGGCGCAGCGUUCUGUGAACUGCCCGCCGUGAUCGUGUACCAAGACGUCCCGUACAUCGCCGACGCCGUCUCGCCCGAGCUGACGCCGGGUUCAUUGCUUCCGACGACCGGCAAGACGUAUGCUGAGACGGCGCGUAUGAAAGCACCAGGAACGAGCGUGGACAUGGCGCAACACCUCUAUCGCGCGCGCCAAGCCCGCGCCAAGCCAGGUAUGCUCGCCAAGGCAACGCCGCCCAAGAAGCGCACGUACAUCCAUUUGAUCCCGCAGCUGUGCACGGUGCACCCGCUGCCGUGCGCGCUCUGGCACGACCUCAAGCGACUUCCUACCAUCUUGUACCUCUGGGAAAAAGAUCUCGCCGAAGCAACGUUGCGACGGCGGUGGCAGUGGCCGCACCCUCUCACCGAAGCCCUCACGGCCGCCAGCGCCAAACUGAGCUACAGCAACGAGCGAUUGGCGUUCCUCGGCGACGGCGUUCUAAAGCUCGUGCUCACCAUCGACGCGAUCCAGAGCGGACAGUGGCAGCUCACGGACGCCAUGCGAGACCAGCGGCUGCGCAGGCUACAGAAUGCGACGCUGUGUGCCGUGGCCGAGUCGGCAAACCUUCUUCCGUACGUGGAUCUCGUCGGCUUUCACGGCUCGUGGUUCCAGCCGCUUCUGAGCGACACCACUUUGCCGCCCCCCGAAGAUGCGCUAACGCCGAGCACACGCAUCAAGACGUACGCGACCGUCGUCGAAGCUCUUUUGGGCGCGGCAUAUGACGCUGCGGGUGUGGCAGGGGCGAUGACCAUGGCGCAUCAUUUAGAGCUUGUCUCGACUCGCAACGUGGACCUGCCCCGCAAGGCAUGGGCGCUACCAGCGCCCACCUCGUGCAACUGGCAACUCGGUUCCUUUGGUCCUCCCAUCGACCAACCCGCGGUCGCGACGUCGGUUGCCGCCUGUGUAAGCACGAGCCUCAGCGGCGGGACCGAGGCGGCCACCGAUGGCCCCAAGCUUCUCGGCGAAGCGCUCCAGUACGCAGCGACUGCGAUCGACCUCUAUGCGACGGGGACGGAUCCUGGCGAGAUGACGCGGCGCCGUCAUUUUGUCACACGGGCGUCGCUUGGGGCCCGCCUCGUCGACACCCACGUCGUACCGACGCCAGCUCCGAGUGCAACUGCGCUCGGCGCUGCGUACGAGAGCGUCCUUGGCGCGGUCGCCGCCAACGCGGGCGUCGAAGCAGCGCUGGCAUUUGCCACGGCGUGGAGCCGGCCGCUCUUGGUAUCGGCGCUCGUCGACCUUGUGCCAGUGUUGAGAGCGCGCGACGAGUGA